AUGCUUGUAUAUAAACAAUCAUUUUCAUAUAAUAAUUUUUAUACAAGUAUUAACUAAUUCUAAUAUGUUUUAAAUAAUAAUUACUAUAAAAUAUGUUUGGGAAAAGGCAGUUUUGGAUGCGUGUAUUUAGUUUAGGAUAAAUAAACUGAAUAAAAAUAUGCAAUUAAAAUAAUUGAUUUAUAAUAACCAAAUAGUAAAUAAGUAUAUGAAUAUUUAGAAAAUGAAAUUUAAAUUCAUAAUUAAUUAAAUCAUAAAAAUAUAAUAAAAUUUAUCGAUAGCUUUAAAGAAGAUUAAAAAAUCUAUAUGGUUUUAGAAUAUGCAUUUAACGGAAAUCUGUUUAAUUUUUUGAAAUUAAAUAAAAAUAUUGAUUAAAAUUUACUUUUUAAAUUUUAUUACUAAACCUGUUUAGCUGUUUAGUAUCUUCAUUCAUUAAAUAUAUAUCAUAGAGAUAUUAAACCUGAAAAUCUUUUGCUUGAUGAAAACUUAAAUAUUAAAUUAUGUGAUUUCGGAUGGAGUAUAAAUAAUCUUGAAACAUAGAGAAAUACUUUUUGUGGAACAUUAGAAUAUAUGGCACCUGAAAUUAUUUUUAGACAGUAAUAUGAUUAUAAAGUUGAUAUAUGGUCUUUAGGUAUUUUUUUGUAUGAAUUAUAUCAUGGGUUUUCACCUUUUGAAGGUAGAAAUUUUAAUCAAAUUUAAUAAUUGGUUUACAAAGGAGAUAUUUAUUUUACUGAAGGAUUAGAAAAAUGUCUUAAAUUUUUGAUUUGUUAAUUAUUAUAAGCCGAUCCUGUAAAAAGAUUUAACAUUAAUGAUAUUUUAAAUCAUUCAUGGAUUAAAAAUAUGAUAAUUAAAAUAAAAAAUAAUUAACAAGUAUUUUUAUUAUUUACAAAAUUAAACAUUUUUUAUUAUUAAUUUUAAUAAAUUCUAUUAAUCAAAAUAAAUAAUAGUAAGAAUAAACUUAUUUAAAUCAUUAUAAUUUUUAGAAAUCUAUUUAAUUAAAAUGUUAAGAAUAAGAAUAGUAUUAAACUUUUUUACUCUAACAAAAUUAAUUAUUAUAUUAAUAAUUUUCUAGAUAAGUUAUUUCAUAAAUUAAAGACAAAGAAGUAAUUUACAAUAAAAUAAUGUAUUUUUUUCUAUAAAAAUAAAUUAUUAAUUUAAAUUUGUUUUUGA